GAGACAAAAGCUUCCUUCAAAGUAUUCUACAAUGUUCUGUAGAAUAUUUACCUUUCUGCGCUUUCCGUUUAUGCAUAAUUACUUUCCGCCUUCAGAGAGUCUGAAAUCAAAGAAAAGACAGAAGCGGUGUUUCAUUCCAUCGCUCGAUAUCAGCCCUGGUUAUAGAACACCUCAGUAUUUAUUUAAAUCGAGUGACCGUAGAUCGUCGAAAAGAGGCUAAAGAACCGGAGCACAUCUCGAAAAGGUAGAGCGGGGAUAUUAUUAACCAGCUGGUCGCUGACUUCACCACUGUGUUUACGGUGCAAUUUGCACGUGGCGCAACGUUCUCUCUUGGAAGCAUAUCCUUGAUUCAGAUCUUUUUCGCUUCUAUUCAGCAUGUUUAUGACAUGUGACUCAGAUGCAGCCGUAUUUAUAUUGAACGUGUCAUUAACAAGCACGUUUUGCCUUCGUCGCGAGUGUAAAAGCCUGAAGCCCGCCGUUGUGCUGCUUUUAGCCGUAAGUGAUUGGUGCGCUGUUGUUGUGAGAUCUUUUUAUCGACUUUCUCGCGAUAAAGACUUGUGGUUUGUUACCUCCUGCAUCUGUGAACAACCUCAAGUUCUGCUUCAAACAGGUAUUUUCGUGCUGAACGUAGUCGUCCUUAUAUUAAACAAUGACCUCACAGAAACGGGGCACUUCAUUAAACGCAGUUCUUACGUUCAUCUUCUUCUCUUCAAUUCGGCUUCAAUCAUUCUGGCAAAUUCAAUAACACGCGUGAUAACACAAGCUAUUGGUGAUGUUGAGGGAGCCCUGGAGUCGAGUUAUGUGUUUGGUACGUUUCUCCUUGGCGUUUAUAGAACAGUAUUUCUCUUCUUGGACUCGCUUUAUUUUACGUACGUGAUCAUCGGAGACAAGAGUAACAUAUGCAUGCACAAAUUAAGACUCGAGGAAAAGACAGUCAUCACCAUUAUCUAAGAUCACAGAAGCCUGUUCCAGGAGUUCAGUUAGUAAAACGAAGCGCGGUAGUGGAAAAAAGAGGGAGUUUGGAACUGGUCGCGUAAUGAACGACUCGACCCAAGCCCCUCCCUCCCGUUUUGGCUCGGCCGCUACUAUCGCGCCGUUUACACUCCGGUUUAUUCGCGGAAGGCCGGGAACAGGCCACGCUCAAGGAAAUUUGAAAUACUUGAACUCAAUUUGCUGUGAUCUUUGAAAUCUAAUGGCGACCUACCCGAGGAAAUAAUUAUGGGAAAGAGAGGUUAAUUUGGCAGCCAAAAGAUACGUACAGGUCUAGAUCUGUGGUCACUAGAGGAUGCAAUGAGAUUAUGUUGGCUCGAGUGGCUGUUGUGCCGAACUCCCUCGGCGCGGAUAUUAACUAGCACGUUGAGUGUUACUGCCUCUUUCUUUAUUUUUUCAAUGUUCCUUCCA